GGAGCUGGACUUCCGCUUCGCGGAGAAGAUACCCGCCAGGGACCUCUCCGUGAGCGUGGUGGAGAACCUGCAGGAACGGCAGCUGGACCCCUCCGAGUACUUGAGCGCCGGCUCGCUGCUCUUCGAGCCCCGGCGCGGCUCGCUGCAGGCCGCGGCGGCGCAGGUGCUGGCGAGGUUGACCCCAGACCGCGCCGUCUAUUCCGCCACCGCGCGCAGCUUGGGGCCCGCCGCGACGGAGUCCGAGCGCUGGUACGGCACGAGGUACUCCCGCGUGCCCAUCGCCGACGCCACCGUCGCGUCUUGGCAGCGGCCGCGCGUGCCGCAGGGCUAUCAGCUGCCCGCCCCAAACCCGUUCGUGCCCAAGGAUCUGGGCCUGCGGAGCCCGCAGGCCGCGCCGGGCGACCGCGCCCGGGUGCUCCGCGAGGCGCCCGCGCUGCGCCGCGGCGACGACCGCUGGAGGGUGUUCUUCAAGCCGGACCGGGUCUUCGCAACGCCCAAGGCGAGCGUGCAGGUGCUCCUGCACCGGCCCGCGGACUCCCGCGCGGACCAGGUGGCCGGGCUCGUGUGGCAGCUGUCCCUCGCGGACCGCCUGACGGAGUUCGUGUACCCGGCCAAGAUUUGCCAGCUGGACUACGCCGUGUCCAGCUCCGAGGAGGGGAUCGGCAUCACGGUGGGCGGGUACAGCGAUAAGCUCGGCCUGUUCCUGGAGGAGAUUGUCACGAAGGUGCAAGAGUUCUCAGGGCCCACUCCCGAGGAGUUCGCCCGGGCUCUGGACCUCGUCAAAAGGGGCCAGAGCGCCUUCGACAAGCAGCCGCCCUACUCGUUUGCGACCUACAACGCGCGGCUAGCGCUCACCUCCCCGUCCUUCUCGAUAGAGUUUCUGAGGGCGCAGUCGGCGCGGACCACCCGCGAGGACGUUGUGAGGCUCAGCGAGAGGCUGCGGGACAGCAGCCAGUCCUUCUUUGGCCAGGCACUCCUGCACGGGAACCUGGACUCUGCCGACGCGGACCGCAUCCAGAGGACGCUGGAGAGGCUACAGUUCAAGCCGCAGCCGCUCGCUGGCCUGGCGCGGACCCGGCUGACGAAGCUGCCGAAGGGGCAGGACAACCUGCUAGUCACCGUCCACCCCAAUGAGGACGACGUUAACAACGCCAUCUGGUCCGUAUACCACACCAGGCAGGACACGGACGCCGUCGUCAUGACGCUGCUGCUGCAGUCGAUCUUGGAGAUUC